UGAACUACAUACAUAUAUAAAUAAACAUCGGAAUUCUGGUGAAAAAUUAAUUUAUAAAGUAUAUAUAUGUAUAUUGUAAUAGUUAUUUGAACAAUUACUUAUCUACACUAUGAGUAUAAACACUUUGAAUAAUUACUAAUCAUAUACCCGAUACGGAUCAUUUUACAGUUUUUAUUGUAUCAUUAAAAUUCUACUGUUUACACAAGAAUAUCAAUAAAACGAUUGAGGAGAGAUUGAUCCAAAAAAUCAAGACAACAUUCAAUAAGACGAAAAUUGUGAAAUCAAAUAAAACAGAAUGAUUGAUUUACCUUUUCCAUGUCGGAAUGAACAAUGUAUGAAUAAUAAUACAAAUACAAUUAAUACCGGUAAUUCUUCUAUGAAUACAAAUUCCUAUAAAGAUACUACUCUAAAUCCUAAUAUUCUACCUUUAUUAAAGCAUCAAUUACCUAGACAAGAAUUAAAUGAAUCACAUACAAAGAAAAAAUGUCAAUAUCAACCUAAAUCAUCAUGUUCCAUUACAUCGAAUCAUUCAUUUAAAUUUAAUCAAGAUUAUAAUAAAAAUAAAUUAGACAAUGUAAUUGAACAUUCAACUAUUCAACAAAUAAAUAAUAAAUUAAAAUGUCAUUAUAUUCAAAAUAAAUUAGAUACAAUACAUAAUCCUAUUGUUUAUUAUUCUAAUUUAACAACAAAUGAUCAAAAAUAUAAAAAUAUUUAUAAAACAUCAUGGAAUCAUCAAUAUAAACGAAUUUAUACAUUAAAAUCUAGAAAAUAUAAAAAGAAAAAUUUUUUAUUAAAAUCUACUAAUAAAUUUAAUAAAAAUAAUUUAAUUCAUUUAAAAUCAAAAUUAAUGAAAAAUGAAUAUUUUAAUAAAAAUUUACCAUAUAAAUCUAUAAAUCCUAUACAUAAAACUAAUCAAAUUAAAACAAGAAACAUAGAAAACUUUUUACAUCAAACAGUCCAUAUUACUAAUAAUAAUAAUAAUAGUAAUAAUAGUAGUAGUAAUAAUAACAAUAAUCAAGAUGGUGACAAUCUUCACAAUAAAAUUUUCGAAUCAAUCAAUACAAUAUAUAGUAACUAUGCAUUUAAUCCUUUUAAAACAUCUAUUAUCAAUCAGGAUAAUAACUUUGAAAAUAAAAUCAAUGAUAUUUUAAAGCCUAUAACUUCAUCAAAUGAAAUUAAUCAAAUUGUUCAUUGUAGUAAUCUUCUUAAAAAGAAUAAUUAUUUAUCGUCUUCUUUAUCAUCAUCAUCAUCAUCAUCAUCAUCAUCAUCAUCGUCAGGAUCAUCGUCAAUAUUAACAUUACCACAUUUAUCACCAUUACCAAUAAAAUCUUUAUAUGAUAAUGAAAAAUUAUAUUUAAAACAAAAUAAUAUUAGAAAACAUUUUCAAAAAUUAACAAAUUCAAUAUUUAAUUAUCAUUAUACAUCGAAUCCGAUAUAUUCCAAUUCAUAUUAUUCAAUAAAUAAUGAUAAACCAUUAGAUUUACGUAAUCCAUUACAAAUUCACUUGAAUACUAUGUUAUAUAAAAAUAAAAAUUACAAUAAUAAUAGUAAUAAUAGUAAUAGUAGUAAUGAUAAGUUAUUUAAUGUGAUCGAAAAGCUUGGCAAAUCAUAUUUAUCAAUGGGAAAUUUUAAUUCAAACGAAAUUUGGUCAACAAUCUUUACAUUAUUAAAUAGGAAACUGAAUCAAUUUUCUCAAAUUAAUCAAAGUAAGUUUCAUUUGAUUUUUUUUUAAACUAAUCUAUAUGGUUAAUUGUUUUAUAUAAAGUUGAUUAUGUCAAUCUGUAGUGUGUGUGUGUGUGUGCGCUACUUAUAUCGACAUGAGUAGUAUAUAACAAUAGUCAGGAUUAGAAUAUUUGGCAGCAGAACAUCAAGAAGGAAAGAACAGGAACAGAAAGUAAUUAGUAUAAAAAUGCAGGGACAAUGAAGUUUGAAACAAUUGAUCGAUAUUUUGCAAACUAUGUAUUUACUGUAUGGUUCUUAGAUUUUACUAAGAUGUUUUGUAAUUUUAUGUUCAAAUACAUUCGAUUGUCUCCACUUGUGUUGUCAUUCGCUACAAAUCCUAUUCCAAUGUUAUUCAAUAUAAACUGCGUUAAACUAAUGUUGAUUAAUUCAAUAUUUGAGACUAAUUAACAAAAAUCACCUCAGAUUUAUUUCGAAAAUAUAAUUAAAAUUAAUAAAGCUUUAAAAUGAAUUACUAUCCUGUUUUAUCUAUGAUCAAUUUAUACGUUCUGAUAUGCCGACUAGUUUGUAAUCUUAGUCAAAUGAUGCUGAAUAAUAUUUUA